AUGUCCAGUGAAUUAAAGGAUUUGAAACGGCAGGAGAGACAGAUACAAAGCACCUUCAAUGGUGCCAAACAGUUUUUCCAAAAAUUUAAGGUGGAGAAGCAUACAAGUCAGAUAGAAAAUCGUUUAGAGCUUCUGGAAACCGCGAUGAAAAAAUUCUACGUGGUUCGAAGAAAAAUUGAGCUGUUAACUGACGAAGAUGACGAGAAGGAAGCAAGCGAUAGCAAGGAAACAGUUGAAGAACGUGCUGUUCGUUUGGAAACCCUCGCGGAAAGGCGAGAAAUUGAACACUCUCAAAUUAUACAGAACGCCGAAGAUCUCUUCUGUGAGCUGAAGUCGUUACUGCAAAGUUUGAAACCAGCUAACACACCUACACAAGUGCCUGCUGACGUUGCACCUACUCCAAUAUUACCUACUACCAACUCGGUAUCAAGAGUCAAGCUUCCCGAUAUUCGUCUCCCUAGCUUUGGAGGCAAAACAAGUGACUGGGUCACAUUUCGUGAUAUGUUUCAAAGUUUGAUUCAUCACAACGAUCAAUUGAAUGCAAUCGAUAAAUUUUCGUAUCUUCGAUCAUCGUUGAUCGGCGAAGCGUUGCAAGAGAUUUCGUCAAUAGAGAUGUCGGUAGUUAACUAUCCAAUUGCUUGGGAUUUGUUGAAGAGACGUUAUGAAAACCGAAAACUGAUAGUCAAGGCUCAUCUGGAUGCGUUAUUUGCUGUUGAACCGAUGAAACGUGAAAACUACGAGGCGUUGAGUCAUCUUAUAGGCGAAUUCGACCGUAAUUUGCAAAUGUUGGAGAAAGUUGGAGAGGAUUCGUCUCAAUGGAGCACAAUAUUAGUUCACAUGAUCUGUUCGAGGCUAGAUCAGGCUACGUUACGACACUGGGAGUCACACUAUAGUUCGAAAGAUGUUCCAACCUACGACGCCUUGAUGUCAUUUCUUCGAAAUCAAUGUUGCGUCCUUCAAUCAAUUGCUCCACCUAAAUCGGUUCACAGUGAAACAAAGAAACCUAAGUUCACAGUGUCUCACACAUCUGUACAGUCUUCCAAUCGAUGUCCGUUCUGCGUAGAAGCUCAACAUUCUGCAUUUAAGUGCCAGAAAUUCAUCAAAUUGAAGGUGUCUGAGCGAUUCGAGAUGGUGAAACGUUAUCGGUUGUGCUUGAAUUGCUUAUCUCCGACGCAUCUUGUUCGGUUUUGCACGAAGGGAUUCUGCCAACAUUGCCAUCAGAAACAUCACACACUCUUACAUUCUGGAUCUGUCAUCGGAGGAAAGUCGUCGUCGACAGCACCGCAAACCGAUCCCUCCGUCCCACGUGCACAAAAUCGGCAACAGACAGCGAACAUUCAGCAAACACAAACACUAGCCCAGAACCAUACCACACUCACUCAGAACACUGGAUCAUCUACAAGCUCAUUACACGUCGCAAACGCAAAUUCGCAACCGCAAACACACCCACCACCCACCACAGAUCGUACUCCCAGUACAAACACUCUAGCUGCAAACACAUAUACACCACAACGUCAAGUUUUACUAUCUACCGCUUUGAUUCGCGUAUCGGAUUUCUACGGAAAUGCACUGAUAGCGAGAGCUCUUCUCGAUUCUUGCUCAGAAUAUUGUUUCAUUACUACAACGCUUUUCCAAACGCUGAAGUUACCAGAGACUGCCACUACCCUGUCCGUAGGAGGAAUCGGUGGUUCUAUAGUCAAAUCUACAAAGAGCGUAGAAGCGACGAUAGCUCCAAGAUCGUUGGAUAUUUCAUCGUAUUCGGAAAACGUUCAACUUCACGUAUUGCCGAAACUCACCUCGAAGCUGCCAUUGCAGGCGGUCAACAGUCGGACUCUCGCCAUUCCGGCAGGCGUCAUUUUAGCAGAUCCAACUUUUUGUGAACCUGGAUCUAUAGAUCUCAUAAUCGGUGCUGAGUAUUAUUACGAUCUACUGUUAAAUGAAAGAAUGAAGUUGUCAGAAAAUGGACCCAUCUUACAAAGAACCGUCUUUGGAUGGGUUGUAUCUGGACGUGUACCGGGUACAAAUUUGGAGAUUCCAAGAACCAUUACACAUACGUGUGCAUCAAUUGAUCUUCGGGAUCUCCUCGCUAAAUUUUGGGAACUAGAGUCCUGCAAUAAUCGAAGCACUCAUUCAGUCGAAGAAACGAUGUGUGAAGAAAUAUUCGACAGAACAACUGUUCGUGACUCAGAUGGAAGAUUCAUUGUCACACUUCCUAAGAAAAACUACGUUAUUGAUCAAUUAGGUGACUCAAAAUCCAUCGCAUUGAAACGAUUCUUCGGUUUAGAAAAAAGACUUGCUGUAAAUAUCACAUUGAAGAAGUUAUAUAGCGAAUUCAUCGAAGAAUACUUAUCCAUGGGCCAUAUGCGAGAAAUUUAUGAGAAUGGCGGUGAAAUGCUUUCUUACUACAUGCCUCAUCAUGCUGUAAUCAAACCCCACAGCACUACGACGAAGCUACGUGUCGUCUUCGAUGCAUUUUGUCGAUCGUCUACAGGAGUUUCCUUGAAUGAUGGAUUGCUUGUGGGACCGGUAGUGCAACAGGAUUUGUUGUCAAUUACCUUGAGAUUUCGUUCUCAUAAAUUUGCGUUAGUUGCUGAUGUAGCAAAAAUGUACCGUAUGGUAAAGGUAGCAGAGGAAGAUCAGCCAUUGCAACGCAUUUUGUGGAGAAACGCACCAAACGAGCCAGUGAAGAUCUACCAGCUGACUACAGUAACAUAUGGUACCGCAUCUGCACCAUAUCUUGCGACCAAAUGUCUUCAAAGGCUAGGUAGUGAAGGCACACAAUCACAUCCAACAGCAGCCAGAGUAGUAGCAAAUGAUUUUUAUGUUGAUGAUCUGUUGACGGGUACAGACAGUAUAGAAGAGGGAGUCAUUCUCGCAUCAGCGCUCAUAGAUCUAACGAAUUCGGCUGGGUUCAACUUGCGAAAAUGGAGUUCCAAUAGUCAGGAGCUCCUCUCCUCUAUUCCUUCAGAACUUAGAGAUGAUCGUGCCAUACUAGAACUCGAUUCGUCCGCAUCUACUGUCAAAACGCUUGGAAUAAUCUGGGAACCAGCAAAUGAUUGCUUUAGAUUCGCCGUGCCACACUGGAAUACAGAGUCAAUUAUCACCAAGCGACUAGUACUGUCAGACACAGCUCGAAUUUUCGAUCCCAUUGGUCUCAUCGGCCCAGUCAUCGUUCAGGCCAAAAUCUUCCUCCAGAAACUUUGGAAGCUGAAAUCAGAUUGGGAUGAACCUUUGCCACUGGAACUGCAAAAUUUUUGGAUUCAGUACCGGUUGAAUCUCUCAGCUCUCGAAACAUUCUCUGUUCCCAGAUGGAUCGGCUUCUCUAGUAACUUGGUUUCUACGGAGCUUCACGGUUUCUGCGAUGCUUCAGAGGCUGCGUAUGGUGCUUGCUUAUACCUUCGAUGUGAAGCAAUUGAUGGAUCAGUUAGCGUUCGUUUGAUAAUGUCCAAGUCUCGAGUAGCCCCAUUAGAAGAUCUCAGUCGUAAGAAAAAGAAACAAUCCAUUCCAAGAUUGGAAUUAUCCUCAGCGUUAUUGCUGAGUCAUCUGUAUGAAAAGUUAUGCAGUAGCUUCGAACCUCCAGGCAAGGUUUAUUUUUGGACGGAUUCCAUGAUAGUUAAGUGCUGGCUUUCAUCGUUGCCAUGCCGUUGGCAAUCUUUCGUUGCUAACCGUGUAUCUGAGAUACAACAUAUCACCAAAAAGGGAGUUUGGAAUCACAUUGCCGGUGCAGAUAAUCCAGCAGAUAUUAUAUCGCGGGGUUCGACACCCGCUCAGUUGCAAUACCAACCACGUUGGUUUGAAGGUCCACUCUGGACGCGCCAGCAACAUUCAACCUGGCCAAAGUCAGCGGACGUAAUGUCUCCACCAAACAGUCCACUGUUAGAAGAAAAACCUACCGCAUCGCUUCCUGUUCACACAAAACCUCUGAAUAACUUGUUUUUGCGUAAAUCUUCGUUUCCUGAUCUUGUUCGAAUGGUAGCAUGGAUACGCCGCUUCAUACAUAAUGCGAUGCCUAACAACCGCACUAGAAAACGGUUAAAUUAUUUAUCUUCUGUGGAAUACGACGAAGCAGUGAUAGUUUUGGUUCGAAUUGCACAACAUGAGAGUUUUGCGGAAGAAAUAGCAUCUUUGUCUAAGGGAGAACCUGUAAAGGCAUCAUCCAAAUUAUCAGCACUGAAUCCUCGUCUGGUUAAUGGGAUUAUUCAAGUUGGUGGACGAUUAUCUCAUGCACCAGUGUCCGAAAGUCGUAAACACCCUAUGAUCAUUCACCAUUAA